GUCCCUUUCGGCUACCGCCGUAAGCACGUUAGUGCUGAAUGAGCUUCAGUGUUUGGCUUGGUUUGACAAGUUUCCCUGGACGAUCAUGGGGGUAUGAGUGAGUAGUUAGUUAGUACAUCACUCAAAAGUUGCAGCACACUGCGCAUAUUUCAGGUAGACUCGGAGUCUGACGAUUUGACAAAUGUAGGGACGUGAUAAGUUGUCCAUGUUUUCCCAUUUUGAGCCAGCAAGUCAAGUCUAACGUUACCUACAUCGGGAAGCCAGACACAAGAGUAAAGAUGAACGGCCUGUCUUUUGACGAUCCUUCGUUGGAUAAUCUGGAUCCAACACUGUCGCUUAAUGACCCCAGCGAUAUUGACACGGCCCUCUUAAACGACAUUGAUGACAUGCUACAGCUCAUCAGCAACCAGGACAUGGAGUUUGGAGGACUGUUUGAUAACCCUCCAUACACAGUGCCUCCUCCCACCCAAGAGCUUCCUGGUUUGACCCAGUCCAUCACUUCACCUGCCCCUCCAACCACCACUACCACACCUCCACCUUCAUCUUCCUCUUCCAUCCUAAGCAGUAGCCCCCACCUGGAUGCGCUCCUGGGCCCACCCAUCACCCGUAGUUCCUCCACGCCAGACAAGGCCUUCCAGCCUCCCACCUUCCAGCAGUCCCCCCUGGCCCAGGUGCCCAACUCCACACAGAGGCAACAGCAGCAGCCAGCCUCCCCGCAGCAGGCUCAGAGCCUCAAACAGCCCCAGGUGGAGCAGCCCCAACCCAUUCUCAGCCCGUCCUCCCCCGCCCAGGCAGCUUCACCUCAUGGCUCGCCAGCACCGAACCCAGUUUUUAGCUCCAUGCCCCAGGCCCUCUUCACCUCGCCUGCACCUCAGCCUCAGCCUCAGCUGCAGCUGCAGCCACAACUUCAGCCCCAGUCUCAGUCACAACCGGUCCAGACCAACUACAGCAACCAUAUCAGCUACACAACUGCCAGUGUGAGCCAACCCACAGCCAUCUUGUCAUCAUCACCUCCAAAUGUUCAGCCAGUGACCAUCCAGGCUCAGCUCCCAGGGCUGACCACCACUUCUCCUCUCCUGGCCACGUCAGCGAGCCCACCAGUUCAAACGAUUGCACCCCACAUACAGCAAGUACCUGUGUUGCUGCAACCCCAGUUCAUCAAGGCUGAGUCUCUGCUGCUGACCACUCUGAAGCACGAUCCCUGCAUGGUCACUACUAUGGCCUCAUCCCUGGCCACCACCACCCCAGUACAGAGCACUUCACUGCAGGCCUUUAUGGGCGGUGGCACCAUCCUGACCACGGUGCCUGUCAUGGUGGACACUGAUAAGCUGCCUAUCAACCGCAUCGCCAUCAGCGGUAAGCCAGUGGGCCUGCCACACAAGGGAGAGAAGCGCACAGCCCACAACGCCAUCGAGAAGCGCUACCGCUCCUCAAUUAAUGACAAAAUCCUCGAGCUCAAAGAUCUGGUGGCUGGUACUGAGGCCAAGCUCAACAAGUCUGCAGUGCUGAAGAAAGCCAUCGACUACAUCCGUUACCUUCAGCAGACCAACCAGAAACUCAAACAGGAGAACAUGGCUUUUAAAAUGGCAGCCCAGAAAAACAAGUCUCUCAAGGACCUGGUUGCCAUGGAAGUGGAUGGACCGGCUGAUGUGAAGAACGAGCUGCCCACCCCGCCAGCCUCUGACGUGGGCUCCCCCAGCUCUUUCUCACACUGUAGCAGUGACUCAGAGUCUGACAGUCCGAUGGGGGAGGACACUAAGCAGCCUAGUGUUGGCAUGUUAGACAGAUCGGCAGCAGGAGGCAGUGCUGGCGGCAUGUUGGACCGUUCCCGCAUGGCUUUGUGCACGUUCACCUUCCUCUUCCUCUCCCUCAACCCUCUGGCCGCGCUGCUCUGCUCAUCUGGCAGCAGCUCAGUUGGAAGCCCCUCAGCCACUGCCACCCAUCACGCAGGAAGAAGCGUCCUGGGUGUGGAUAUCGCAGCGGACUCAUGGGGCUGGAUGGACUGGAUGCUGCCAACUAUACUGGUGUGGCUACUGAACGGUAUUCUGGUGUCAGGGGUUCUGAUCCGACUGUUGGUGUAUGGAGAGCCUGUUACCAGACCUCACUCUGGAUCCUCUGUCUUGUUCUGGAGGCACCGCAAGCAGGCUGACCUGGACCUAGCUAGAGGAGAUUUUGCCCAGGCCAGUCAGAACCUAUGGACCUGUCUGAAGGCUCUAGGUCGUCCUUUGCCUAUCUCUCAGUUGGACCUAGCCUGUUCUGCACUCUGGUCCCUGCUAAGAUUCUGCCUCCAGCGCCUUUGGGUGGGCCGCUGGCUGGCUGCCAGGGCUGGGGGCCUGCGAUCUGACCGCCCCCUGAAGGAGGACGCCUGCAAAAGCAGCCGUGACGCCUCCCUUGUUUACCACCGUCUGCACCAGCUUCACAUGACAGGUAAGCUGAAUGGUAGCCAUCUGUCAGCAGUGCACAUGGCUCUAAGUGCGGUAAACCUGGCAGAGUGUGCUGGCUCCUGUCUGCCUGUAGCCAGUCUGGCUGAGGUCUACGUCUCUGCAGCUCUACGGGUCAAAGCCAGCAUGCCAAGGAUCCUACAUUUUACCUCUCGUGUGUUCCUGAGCAGUGCCCGUCAGGCGUGCCUGUCGUCCAGUGGCAGUGUGCCUCCAGCUAUGCAGUGGCUGUGUCACCCACUAGGUCACCGCUUCUUUGUGGAUGGGGAUUGGGCUAUUCGCAGCACUCCCAAAGAAAGCAUCUACAGCCAGGCUGGCAAUACUGGGUCUGUUGGUACUCUUACAGUGGAUCCUCUGGCCCAGGUGACUCAGGCAUUCAGGGAACACCUCCUGGAGAAAGCUCUUUACUGUGUAGCCCAGCCUCAUGGAGAGAAAAGCCCCAGUCAGGGAGAGGGGGAGUAUGCUGAUGCCCUGGAGUACCUCCAGCUGUUGAUUAGUGCGUCAGAUGCAGCUGGUGCCACCUCCCAGUCCUUUGCUAUUGGCUCCAACAUGGCCACUGUAACUGGCUGUGACCCCCACUCAAAGUGGUGGUCCUCAGUUACCGUGGUGAUCAUCAACUGGCUCCAAGGAGAUGACGCCGCGGCGGAGAGACUGUAUCCGACUGUUGAGCACCUACCCCGCAGUCUGCAGAACGCAGAGAGUCUUCUGCCCAAGGCGUGUCUGAACACAUUCAGGGCGGUGCGGGCUCUGCUGUCCAAGCCUGAAAACUGCCAGCUGAGUCUGAGCUACAGCGACAAGGCCAGUGCCCUGCUCCGAGACAGCCUCAACCUAGGACCACACUGUCACAGCUCCAGUUUAGACAAGGUUGUCCAGUUGCUCUUGUGCGAUCUCUUAUUGGUGAUGAGGACCAACGUGUGGCGCCUGCAGCAGCAGGGGGCCGGUCCUGCCGGGUCAGGGUUGGUGAGUAGCAGCGGCCCCCCAGGGGUCCACCAGGCCUCCCCGCCGGAGCUCCAAGGCUUUCAGCAGGAUCUCAGCUCCCUACGCAAGCUGGCACACAGCUUCAGGCCUGCAAUGCGAAGAUUGUUUCUUCAUGAAGCCACUGCCAGGCUGAUGGCAGGGGCCAGUCCCACCCGCACACAUCAGCUCCUGGAUCGCUCACUGCGACGCAGGGCAACGCCCGGAGCCAAGACAGAGGAGUGUGAGACGCGGCCAGGCCAGCGGGAGCAGGCAGAGGCUGUGAUGCUGGCGUGCCGCUACCUUCCUCCCUCCUUUCUGUCUGCUCCCGGCCAAAGGGUGGGCAUGCUGGCGGAUGCCGCCCGCACCCUGGAGAAGCUGGGAGACAAGAGGACCCUCCACGACUGCCAGCAAAUGAUCAUCAAGCUUGGCAGCGGCACCACCGUAACCAACAGCUAGAGAAUUUUUUUUGGGAGGGUGGGGGGGGGCUGAGAGACAUGCAUGGAUACUGUAUAUAGAAACAUCUCUGAAAUACAAAAAUGCACACAGACAGAAAAGAAGCUAUUAAACAGAUUUAUUAAACUAUCCAGAUUCACAUCAAACUGACAGGAUUUUCUUCCUGGACUGUCCUUCCCAUCACCCCAACCCCACAUCAGGAAGCACUUGUAGAGCUCACACUCUUGUUGCAAUGGAUUAUAACCAGAAUAAAGGAAGCAUUUUUCUCACUUUACGAGCUGAAUCCCCUUGUGAGAAUGUGUUGCAGGGACACAGUUUGACCACAGAGAGGAGCCACCACGUCCUCUUAUUUUGUGUGUGUGUGUGUGUGUGUGUGUGUGUGUGUGUGUGUGUGUGUGUGUGUGUGUGUGUGUGUGUGUGUGUGUGUGUGUGUGUGUGUGUGUGUGUGUGUGUGUGUGUGUGUGUGUGUGGCCCCGCACUUAUUGAGUAUAGUCCCCCACGCCCGAUUAUUUUGUGACAUAGAUGCACUAUAGGCAGGAGUGCUCAGUGGGUUGGAGUGGUGGGCUGCCCUGAUUGGCUGCAGAGUGAGUCUUGUUCGUAGGAGGAAAAGGACCGAAGUCGGAUUGGUCCGACCGUGGGCUCGUUCAGUGGGAAGCCACUCCGCAGGUUGUUCAGAUAGUGUUAAAGUUGAUUUGAAUCAUGAUUUAGUGGUGAUAAUCUGAGGAGAGGUGACUCACUGUACAGCUCUGUGUGUCUAUCUGCACUAGCCCCGCGAGGCUGAUUUCAAUGAGAUAAAUAAUAAUAUGGCUUUUUCAUAGAGGUCAUUUUUUGUUUUGCUGUGUACAUAUUUUAAAAUGUAUUUAUAAUCUGUAUGGACUUUGAUUAAGCAGUAUUUUGCAUAAACAGCUUAUUUGCUUCCCCUAAAACCAGUUGUAUGUGGUAGCUUUUGACCAGGCCCAAAUAAUGUUGUUACUGUACUGUGUUGCCAUGGUGAUGAAUGUCAAAAUGGAGACAGUUUCAAGGUAUUUGCGUCACAUCGUCUUACUCAAUUGACCUUUUGCACUGUUGCACACGUAUGCAACUAUGAUUACAAAAGAAAUUGGCAGCGUCCAAUUCUGGCAUCACCAACCGACAACUCGAAUUAUAACGUGAACCUUUGGCACUUUUGCAACAAGUUACAUAAUGCAGACACUUUCAAAAUAAUUAAUUUUUUCCAAAGAAGGCCUGUAGUGAAUCUGCUGGUUUUUCCUUUGAAGCUCCAACAUAAAGAGCAAUACUUGCUCUUUCAGUUAUUAUAGUUUCAUGCGCAUAGAGAACCACCGUUUAUUGAUUUGUAGAGGACUGUGAAAAAAAAAAAACUUUGGCAUGUGUUUUUGUCCCAGAAUCAGUAUGUGUUUUUUUUUUUUAUAGUGUGUCACUAAUGUGAAAGACGUUGGAUUGAGAUGAGUGAGCCAUGUCUAAAGGUAUUAUUCGUGUGUCCUUUAACUGACAUCUCUCUCUCGUUCUUUGGUUUCAUCCUUUUUAUGAUGUAAAUAUUAAAGCAUUUUGUAAAGAAGA